CAGGCAGGCGGCCUCGGACGGGCACCGGCGCAGCGCGCCCUCUCGCUGGCUGGGCUGGCUGGGCGAUGGCGGUGACGCGGAAGCUGGGCAUCCGCCUGGCCUACUCGGCGGCCGGGAGCGUGUCGGGGCUGUCGGUCUUCCUGGUGUGGAACCUGGCGCCCAGCCUGCGGCAGCCUUACACCGCCGCCGCCGGGGGGCUCUCCGGGGUGCUGGCUCUCUGGACCCUGAUCACACAUGUGAUGUACGUGCAGGAUUACUGGAGGACGUGGCUGAAAGGCUUGAGGUUCUUCCUCUUUGUCGGCGUUCUCUUUGGCAUCAUCUCUCUGGUGGGCUUCUGCACAUUCCUGGCCUUGGCCAUCUCACAGCAUCAAUCCCUGAAAGACCCAAAGAGCUACUACCUGUCCUGUGUCUGGAGCUUCAUCUCCUGGAAGUGGGCCUUCCUCCUCAGCUUGUACUCCCAUCGGUACAGGAAUGAGUUUGCAGACAUCAGCAUUCUCAGUGACUUCUAAAGAAGACCCAGACUUUUAAACUCCAGCAAGGAGAGGA